UCCGGUUGCUUUUGUGCACUGCCCAAACAGGUCCUUCUUUCCGGUACAGGAGCAUGCCGAGAACAGCUGUUCACACAUUGACAACCAACUGUUAAACGUCUUCGCAUCUUUUUGGGGACAAAAGUCAAAAGCAGAAAUGACUAAAGAAGAAGUACAAGGAGCCACGGAGGAGGAGCAGCAGGCUCAGUCAAAGAAAGCCCUUAAGAAACAGCAGAAGGAAGCCGAGAAAGCAGCAAAGAAGGCUGAGAAACAGGCCAAGCUGGCUGCUGACCAACAAACCACUGAGGAAGAUGACUUUGCUAAGGACCGAUACGGAGUUCCAGCAAUGGUUCAGUCUCAGCAGAAACUGGACAGAGCGCUGGUCCUGGUCCAAGACCUGACUCCUGAGAAAGCUGACCAGCUGAUCUGGCUACGCGCCCGAGUUCACACCAGCCGAGCCAAAGGGAAGCAAUGCUUCUUGGUCCUGCGUCAACAGCAGUUCAACGUGCAGGCCCUGGUCGCGGUGGGAGAUCGUGCCAGCAAGCAGAUGGUCAAGUUUGCCGCAAACAUUACCAAGGAAAGCAUCGUCGAUGUGGAGGCCUCAGUGAGAAAAGUGGAGCAGAAGAUUGAGAGCUGCACCCAACAAGAUGUGGAGCUGCACAUUGAGAGAAUUUUUGUCAUCAGCCAAGCUGAGCCUCGCCUGCCUUUGCAGUUGGAGGAUGCUGUCAGGCCUGAAGGAGAGGGUGACGAGGAUGGCAGAGCUACCGUCAACCAGGAUACACGACUGGACAACAGGGUGAUUGAUCUCAGGACAACCACGAGCCAGGCCAUCUUCCGACUGCAGUCCGGGGUGUGCCAACUCUUCAGAGACACCCUCACCAAGAAGGGCUUUGUGGAGAUCCAGACUCCUAAAAUCAUAUCUGCUGCCAGUGAAGGUGGAGCCAACGUCUUCACCGUGUCUUACUUCAAAACCAGCGCCUACCUGGCGCAGUCGCCCCAGCUGUACAAGCAGAUGUGCAUCUGUGCUGACUUCGACAAGGUUUUCUGUGUGGGACCAGUUUUCAGGGCUGAGGACUCCAACACCCACCGUCACUUGACAGAGUUUGUGGGUCUGGAUAUUGAAAUGGCCUUCAACUACCACUACCAUGAGGUGAUUGACUCCAUCACUGACACAAUGGUCCAGAUCUUCAAGGGCCUCCGAGACAACUUCCAGACUGAGAUCCAGACAGUGAACAAGCAGUACCCCAGCGAGCCCUUCAAAUUCCUGGAGCCGACUCUGAGGCUGGAGUACACAGAGGGAGUGGCCAUGCUGCGGGAGGCAGGCGUGGAGAUGGGCGACGAAGAUGACCUCAGCACACCGAAUGAAAAGCUCCUGGGCCGCCUCGUGAAAGAAAAGUAUGACACCGACUUCUACGUGCUGGACAAAUACCCGCUGGCGGUGCGACCUUUCUACACCAUGCCUGAUCCAAACAACCCGAAAUAUUCCAACUCCUACGACAUGUUCAUGCGGGGGGAGGAGAUCCUGUCUGGAGCCCAGAGAGUCCACGACGCCCAGCUGCUAACUGAAAGAGCGACCUUCCACCAGAUCGAUCUGGAGAAGAUCAAAGCGUACAUUGACUCCUUCCGAUUUGGGGCUCCCCCACAUGGAGGCGGCGGCAUCGGCCUGGAGAGAGUGUGCAUGCUGUACCUGGGUCUCCACAACAUCCGCCAGACCUCCAUGUUCCCACGUGACCCCAAGCGCCUGACACCUUGAUCCAGUAACCACAAGAACAACCUGGGAUCAUGUGACUCAGAUGAUGGUGAAAGGGAACAUUCUUAGUCCAGACAGGGGAGAGGAGCUAUCAAACUAAUCGGAUCAUGAAUAAUAAGAUAGACAUAAUCACCACAGAGGAGUGAGUUUUACUGAUUUAUUGCUAAGGUGUCUAACAGUAUGUGAUCAGUCUGUUUACAAGCAGCCCUUAAAUGCACUCUGAAGGUCUUGGAGUCUGUCUUUGUCAGUACUUUUCUAUCACUUUAAGACCAGCACAGACUAAAAAAUAACCUUCUAAAUUGGGCCUGAAACAUGUUUUUCUAUGUAAGGAAAUAGCAAUCAUGGCUAAUAAAACAUUUUCACUCCUUA